GCCAAUCAAAAUAGUGAAGCGUAUGAAUAUGGGAGUAUUUGGAAAGUAGAACGGCCUUGUAAUUUUGGCCUGUGACGCUGAUGGUGUAUUUUGACGUGGCGACUACGUAUUCUACAAAUUUAUCCACUCCGAUUGCAGCAAAGUUGGUGACGAAAAACAUGUCAGCAGGAAAUGGUCCUGGAACAGCUGACAUUGAAAAUGGCACCCAGGGCAUUUCAGUGGUCCAUGUGAGCAUUCCUAACCAAGCCAUACAGGUUCAGCCUGUCAUUCAGGCAAACCCAACUGUCAUUCACAGCGCAGGCAAUUAUCAGACAAUCCAAGUUGUUAGGGUUGCAACUGUUGAUGACGAUUUGUCAUCUGAUGACUCUGAUGCCAAAAAGAGAAGGGAAAUCCUAGCAAGAAGACCAUCUUAUAGGAAAAUUCUGAAUGAUCUUUCCUCUCCUGUUAAUAAAAUGGAAGAUGAUUCAAACAGCAGUCAAAGUCAAGACGGUCAAGAAUAUGUUCAAAGUGGCACAUUACAGCUAACUGCACAUGGUGAUGCUACACCUGCUACUCAAGGUUUACAAACAUUAACAAUGACUAAUGCAAGUCCCACUUCUGCUUCAAACUCUACAGGUGGAACAACUAUUGUACAGUAUGCACAAGGACCAGAUGGCCAAUUUUAUAUACCAGUUGGAGGUACAAAUGUUCAGGCAUAUCAGAUACCUGGUUCCUUAGCACAAGGUGUUGUUAUGACUGGUGUUACUGGUAGUCCUAUUUCAUCCCCGCAGCAUAUGUCAGAAGAAGGUUCACGUAAAAGGGAACUUCGUUUAUUAAAAAAUAGAGAAGCAGCAAGAGAAUGUCGACGGAAAAAAAAAGAGUAUGUAAAAUGUCUGGAAAACAGAGUUGCAGUUUUGGAGAAUCAAAAUAAAACAUUAAUUGAGGAAUUAAAAGCUCUGAAAGAACUUUACUGCCAAAAGGAUGCAUGACUUUAGGACUUUGCAUUUGUUGCUGAAACCUAAUUGUUGCUAUAGACAACUCCUGUGUUGUCCUAAAGACCAAGGCUUUUCACAAGGAUGUGAUCAAAUAAGGCCUACACUUGUUUAAUGGUCCUUGCCUUUUCUCUGCUGAGGCACCUUGACCAGCAAGGGCGAAAUCUCCAAGUGGAGAUUUUGUAAGAAAUAUUUGAAAGCUUUGACGUUCAAGUCAAGUAUGAAGUCAUUUGUUUCUCAAGAGGCAGUUGUACAUUUUUUAAUCUCUAUUUUCUUAAAGGUAAAUUGUAAGAAAAUGUAUGCAUUGGCUGUGAUGAAGUUUUGUCAUGUUUUUUCCUCUAUGUUCUUGUUUAAUUUUUAAUUAUUUUUUUUUUUUACUUAUUUGUUUACCAAGUAAAUUAUAGAAGUUUUGUUCAAUCAGUUAGUUUUUAGUGAGUGUUAUUUUAUCAUUUUAGUUCGCUUUUUUUUUUUUUUCCUAAAUCUUUGUUACUUUUUUAUAUUCUUUUCUUAGUUCAUAAAAUCUGUUAUUGUACAUUCUGUUGCCCAGGGCACAUAAAUGACAUUUUCAAUAUAUAUAUAUAUGUGUGUGUACUCAGAUAUAAACUAAAAAUGUGCUAAUUGCUAUUGACAAUUAAAUUAUCUUUUCCACCGGUUCACUAUUAUUAAAUAUUUGCAAUAUAUGAGUUUCUUUCAAAUGUGCUUAUUUUCCUCCUGCUUUAUUUUUCUUCCUGGGCUCAUCAUAAUAAUAGUAACUAAUAUGGUAUGUAUAUCUGAAAUCCAAAAAAGAUGUCCUUAGCAGUUCUUACACUGCAGCAUUUACUUGUGGUAGUGGUUGGUAACUAAAUAGAAAACUAAAAGAAUAAUUGAUGCAGAAUAAAAAAAUAUUAAAGUAGAUUAAGUACAGUGUUGGAAUAAUUAUACCAAACAUGUAUACAUAGGCCUGUAGGAUGCUUUCUUUCUUGAAACAAUUUCCAGAAGAAUUUGUUACAUACCGCAGUGAAGUAGUACAAAAUACUCAGUUGUUUAAUAUUUUCUUUUGUGCAUUGUAUAAUCCUUUAUUUCAGCAUAAAGUUUCUUCACAGCUUACACAAAUGAUUUUGAUUUAUCCAAUUCAUGAUGAAACCAUUUUUUUUUAUUUUUUUUUGUGACAUUAUUUUUGUUUCUCCAUACAUUUAGUUAUUAAUAUAAAAAAUUAUUUUCUAUUAACUAUAAAAAAAACAACCAACUACUUUACAAUAAAUGUAUUACACACACAAAAAUUGAUCUAAUACUAGAGCUUUUGUUAUUCUCUUCAAUGUAAGAGAAGUUUGUAAAGCACUACAGUUUAUAUCUAUCUGCCUUAAUGGUGUACUCAAUUUCAUUUCCAAUUCUAUUUGUUGUGUACAUAUUAGUUUGUCACUGCUUUCUUUUAUUGUCUCACUUAUUCAUUUUUCAAACAUGAAUGCCAAACUUCUAGUGUGAAACAAACAAAAGAUUAUGCAUAGUGAAACUAGGAUUGCUAGUGUGGAUUUAUUUAGGGGAAAAAAAGAAACUUGCAUUGUUCAAAAGAUUUUUAGCCAUGCCAUAAUUCAAGUUAUCCAAAUUAUAAACUGUGAUAAAUUUUGCUUUCCAUUUGUGUUGUUCAAAUGAGUGCUCAUAUUUUUGUCUUAGUGGACUCAUUAUAACCUUAGUAAUAGCAAUUGUGUAUUGGCAGGAAAGUUUUGAUCUUUUGUAAGUUAGUGUUGUUAUAUUUUAUUUUAAGUCAGUGCACCAGGAUAACUGUCAACUUUUGUUUUUAUAAAAUAGAUAUAAAGGUAUAAAUUACAUUCCAGGACAUAAAGUAACUGUAAAUUAAAGAAUUUGCAUGGCUUUUUUUAUUUACAAAUUAUAUUGUGGUCAUUGCAUGUUACAAAUCUUCUAAGAAUCUGAAAGUUGUGGAAAGGUUUUAUGUAUUGAAAUCUAUUUAUUUUGUCAUUAACAUUGUACCCUUUGGUUUCUUGUUGAUCUGAAAUUGAUGAUAAAUAAAACCAUUCGCUAAGUC